AUGGCCAAGGCAAAGGGCAAUCCUGGCGUUCAAAACAGGCACAUAUACACUCGGGCUUCCUAUCUUUACCAGGCAGCCGUGUACCUAGCCAAUUGCGCCCAGCGAGCUGAACUGGGCAACCAGGCAGAGGCGAGCCCAGAGGAUACCAAGCAACAACAUGGCGACAAUGCUCCAUCCCUGUCGAAAAAGCACAAGGCAACGAUCAACCUGUCUCACCAGGUCGUGUCCGACAUGAGAUCGGUAUCUCUCAAGGCCCAGAUCCGGCAGAGCCCCUCGAUCAAGCAGACCAUCUGCAAAUACUGCGACGCCGUGCUGAUUGAAGGCAAGACGUGCCACUCUUCCGUGGAGAAUCCGAGUAAAGGCGGAAGGAAACCGUGGGCCGAUGUGCUCGUUAUCCGCUGUGACACGUGCGGCAACGUGAAGCGGUAUCCCGUCAGCGCCCCGAGGCAGAAGCGGAAGCCCUUUCGGACUGCUGAGACUUCGAAGAUGGAGCAAGACGGGGUCACUUUGCCCGCGCCUGCGCCCGCGCUCGAGCUGCCUACACGAUGA